UUAAAUUCACUGGGUUGGGAAUAAACAAAUUACGUCAGCAGAUUUUGACGUCAACAGGUGAGGUAAGGAAAGACAGGUUGUUCAGUGUCUUCUAGAUCAUCUGCUUUCGUACCUGAUUGGCUUAUCGCCGAAAGCUUGGCUCCAAAUUGAGAAAUUUUAACAUUUUCGACAUAGUUUCUACCCUCUUAAGAUUGUAUUUUUACAAAGAGCUGUCUCCAUUUAAAGUUCUAGUCAGCAGAUGAUAUUCGGUCGAUUCAUAGUCCGUUGCACUUUAUUUGUUGUGACAUUUUUAAAGUUUUCGGCAUUCUGUAAGUGAGUAUUAUAAAAAAUGAUUCAGGAUAAUUUGUGUGCGGUUUUAAACAAAAUUGACGAUUUGCGUUUGAGGUCUUACUUGAAAUUCAAAGUGUUGGAAUCUGUGGAUCUGAUAUUCACUAUUGGAAAAAUGGUCGAAUCGGCGAUUUUAUUGUUAAAGAACCUAUGAUCGUUGGUCAUGAAUCAAGUGGCAAAGUUGUAAAAAUUGGUAAAAGUGUGCAGCACUUAAAAGAAGGUGACAGGGUAGCUAUUGAGCCAGGUGUACCUUGUGGAAAAUGUGAGUUUUGUAAGAAAGGAAGUUACAACAUUUGUCCUGAUAUAAAAUUUUGUGCUACACCACCAUACGAUGGAUCACUGUGCCGUUAUUACUGUCACGAUGCAGAUUAUUGUUUCAAGCUCCCCGACAAUGUAAGCUAUGAUGAAGGUGCCAUGAUUGAACCACUUUCUGUUGCCUUAUACGGUUGUAAAAGGUCUGGUGUUACUGCGGGCAAGUCUGUCCUCAUAUGCGGAACUGGACCGAUAGGCUUACUAAAUAUUCUAGUAUGUAAAGCCAUGGGCGUUUCAAAAAUAUGUGUCACUGAUAUAUCUGAAAACCGACUUUCUUUUGCCCAAGCUCUUGGAGUAAAAAGUAUUGUUUGCGUGAAGAACAUGGAAAUCGAAGCCGUUAUGAAAGAAGUGAUUGCCAGGUUUGGUGGGCAACCAGAUAUAACCCUUGAAUGUAGCGGUGCAGAACCGAGUGUAAAACUUGGUUUGAAGGUGACAAAGCCUGGUGGUGUACUAAUGUUAAUAGGACUUAAAGCCCUUGAAAUUAAAAUCCCCAUCAUUGAAGCAACUAUUCGAGAAGUUGAUAUUCGUGGAAUCUUUCGCUACGUCAACUGUUAUCCCACUGCCUUGGAACUAGUUUCUAGUGGUGCUGUAAAUUUGAAACCUCUAAUAACGCAUCAUUUUACACUUGAAGAAAGCAUCAAAGCAUUUGAAACAUCACAUACAGGUGCUGGAGGUGCCUUAAAAGUCAUGAUUCAUUGUGGAAAAUAAAUGAAUUUACAAUUUUGCUUAAAAAGAGUGUUAAAUCAUAAAUGAGCUUAAUCAUAUUAAAAUCAGUUUCAUAAGUAUUAUUUCUGUGGUGCAAACUGUAAUGUAUUUCUCUCGUUGUUAAUUAUUACUUAAUAAAAUACUUUUUGAAUGAUA